UCGCUCAACUGCCUGAGCUAUCCAGCCUUCGCGUACACCACUACCCGUGGAUAAGUUGGUCGACCAUGCAACGGAGUCCUUGUGUGUUUCGUGUGGCCUCAUCCCUCUGCACCAUGAGGGUGAGGUCGAGGAGCGCCCUGAAGCGAUUCAACCCCAAGCAAGCGAGAGAGGCGCAGGCGGAGAAGAACGAGGCGCGGCGAAUUCUAGACAGCGGCCCCGUGGACCUGGAGUCUCUGCAGUUGGCCUACCCGCCCCGAACAGCCCCUGAGUUUGUCUUGAAGAACGGCUGGUGCCCCCCGCCGGAAUCGAAGCCGGAUCUCCCCUUCCAGGUGGCGAGAACAGGAAAGGGCGGCUUUAUCCCGGUUUACCGAGACAUCAAAAACGGCCGCACCCGAACAGUCACCAUCGUCAAGAAGGCGACAGGGGACAUGAAGGCGUUCACGUCCGAUCUAUCCAAAGUCUGCCAGGGGAAUAAAGUAGAGGCUAGGGGAGGGGAGCUGAGGAUCGAGGGAGAUCACGCGACGAACGUUAAGAGAUGGCUGUCCGGACUUGGUUUUUGAGCGCCAAGCGUAGAACUCGUAGAUAUGCGUAGACGGCUCGUUGUAUUGGCUGUCCAGGGGUAGGCGGAGGAGGGAUCAGCAGGGAUGGGAGGUGCUGCUACUGCUGCUGCUUCGGAAGGAUACUCGACCUGGCUGCGUCGCACCCGCCCCUAUCCCUUACCCUAGACUUGCUGAGGGACGGAGAGGUACAACAGAUGGCAUGCAAUGAGAAUGGGUGUAACUACAGCUGCGUAUACGACGCCUUUUCAUGUUUUUGAUGCUCGGGUUGAGCAUUGCGACUAAUAAGUACCACCGCUGCGACGUGGUAUCGUCGUCGCAACAAUUGCUGUCUUAAACCAGCACACGCCAGCCGAGUUGUCCAAGGCUACAACGAACGGCAGCGGUUGAUCCCUGGUGGUGUCACCGAAGGGUCUCUGAAUCCCCCGCGGGAGUUAUUGCUAAACACAAUUAGAGAGGCUGUUUCAGACGUAGGGCUGAUAUUGUGUAGUGUUGAAUUAGAGAAUUUGCUCCCGAUUCUUACCCAUUCUUACCCGUCUUCAAAAAACAAAAAAAACAAGGGGAAUCACAAAUAUACAUUUGCUGGGUCUGAUAUGGAGUAAGAACGAGGAUGUUUCGGCAGCUGCAGAUCGUGUCGGAUGAUUUCGUAGCCUGUUAUGCAUACCAAUCCUAACACUGUGGGAACACCCCAACACGCUGAUGACUUAACAAGCGAAUUAGAAGCCUGGCUCAAAAUAAUAUCCAAUCACAGCCGCCCUCCCGUAGCUGGCAGGGCGCGAUGCGGUCCUAACCAAUGCAGCGGUGCUCGUUUCUCGAGAUACCACAGCAUCCCUGUGGAGUAUACAAUACGCCCAAAGGCCGAUGUCACCCACGACGGCUUCAUACCAAGUUUUUUUUUCCCAAAACACAUACACUUACCACACGAAGCAACAGCUCCUCCACGCCAGCAUCUACGUACGGGCAGCAGCAGUUACUGCCUCAAAAAAACACCACGGCAGAUAUUUAUAAACACAUUCUAAGGACACGGUAAUAGCAGUGACGACGCGAACAUGUCAACCUUCGUCUCAGCAUUCCCCACGGCCCUUCACCGCGGUAGCACACACGAGCACCGCUGCUCCUUUUCACGGCUACCACCCGACGGUAUUUUUCGAACCUCAGGCUCGGGCGGCAGAGCUAUGCCCAGGGUGGUGUUGUCCUUCAAAAACACCGCCGUCCCGGGUGAAAGCCGCGCCAUCCGCCCUCUACCCCUCUCGUCCACCUCCCAGUGGAGCCGGCCUCCCGCCUGAGCUUCCCGCAGCGCCCGGAGGUUUCGCAGAGAGAAGGCCACGAAGUUGUCCGGGGGGCGGACGGCGUGCUCCUCUAUGUAGUGCGCCAAGCCUUCCGGCCACACGUACUUGCCAUCGGUCAAAGUAGUGCAGCCCAUGAACUUACUGCCUUUUGGCCCACCGCGUUGUUCUGGCGCGCCACCACCGCAGUGGCCGCCGUUGCCGCCGAUGGCCGAAAACCAAGAUCUACGUUUGGAGUCUCUGGCACCCGUUUGCGCAGCACCGCCGUCGCCGCAGCAACCAAACCUACAGAACGAGUACCCCAGCUCGAACGACUCCAGGAAGCCAGAGCGGACGUACAAGGCAACGGCGAUCGCCUCCACCGUGCCGCCCCACUCCUCAUCAACCAGCUGGGCCGGGUCUGGUCGCUCGUCUCCGCCGUCCCUCGGGUCAGCCCAGAAGCCCACAUCUACCAAGACAUUGCCGCGUGGAGACGUCAACUCGGAGGUGAUGCUACCGGCAGCAGAAGCACCGGUAGUAGUCGGGCCGGCGUCAGCGGUAGCGUCGGUCGUCGAUAGCCCGGCCUGCGGCGGCUGCUCUGGCGGCAGUGGGAACAGCCGUAAUUCUUUGUCCCAGGGGUCGCGAAGAAACAUUGCUCGGCCGUUCCACUAUGCGCGGGCACCCGGCUAUGGGCGGCUAAGGCCGAUGCGAGAGGCCACCACUUGCCGUCGAGAUGGCUCCUUCGCGGCAGCCGCCGCCGCCGCCGCUGCUUCUGUCGCUGCUUCCGCCUCCGCGGCUGCUUUCUUCUCCGCCGCCUUAGUCAAGUUGCGGUUGUUGCGUUCGAUCUCCUCCUGUUUUCGCCUGUUCUCUUCGGCUUUCUUCUUGAUCGCUUCGUAGUCCUGAACGUCUUCGGUUGUGAGCUCGAUACGGGUGGGCUUCCGACGGAGCAUGGUCUGCUUUCCCACAGAGAGCCUUCGCUUCGGUGUAGCCCGUGGGUGGGUC